AGACACUCGCAAAAGAGUCCUGAAACUUCCCAGCAUUUUUUCAGAGCCUGUUGCUUAUUCAUUCAGACCAGAAGCAAAGACAUUCAGCCAAGAGUAAGCAGGAUCAACUGGCGUCCCCUGCGAUGGGCAAAGCAGCAACGUGAAGAAGACGACGACCAAGAGCAAGAAAUAGACAAGGAGCAGAACUUUCCAGGCUCUCCUGAGUUCUCAAGAGACUCGUUCAUCUUCCUCUCUCCCUUUCUCUUUCUCCUCCAACAAGCUCAACAUGAAGCUUGCGGGAGACCCCUGGAGCAGCUUCAAACAAACAGGGAAUGGACAGAGUUGAGACCGAUUCACCUAAAGAAGAAGAGAAGGCAGCGGAGAAAGAGAAAGGGGACAAGCUGUUACCACAGGCCCUCCAGGCUGCUCUUCCACGACUUCCUCCCAUCAAAAACACCCAUCAAGGUCACUGAUCCCUUUCAUCACCAUGGCACCUCUCAGCUUCUGGGACCUGUGGGCUUUGAUGGGCUUUGGGGCUGUCCUGCUGGUCCGGGGGCAACACCCACAAGGCAGCAACGUAGACGCCGGUCGAUGGAGGCAGAUGAUCCAGUGGGAGAACAACGGCAGAGUGUACAGCCUCCUGAACUCAGGCUCCGAGUAUGUCCCGGCCAGCCACACAAGGGCAGACAGCAGCGCAAGGGUCAUGCUGGCUGACGCUGCCGCCAGCCAAGGUAGCAGAAGGGUCCCGGGGAACACCCGGCGGCAGGCUCCCACCUUGCCAGUCCGGGCAGGAUCCGAUACCAUCCGGGGCCAGACACGGCAUCCGUUUGGCUUCGGACAGGUCCCUGACAACUGGCGGGAUGGGGCCACCGGGGACGGUCACUCCAACUCUCCACGUCCCUGGUCGCCCACCUUUCGGCAGCGUCAGGUGGGCUCCUCUUCUUCCUCUUCCUCCUUUGCACAUUCCUCGUUUGGACAGCUCUACCCGCAGGCCUCUUACCCCCAGCCACAGCCGCCGUUCGCCAACCAAUAUGAGGCCUAUGACCCGCAGGUCCCCCGUGCGUACGACGAGAGCUACACCUACUACCGCACCACGGGAACUGGAGGGGGUGCUGUCGCCGCAGCUGCAGCCAGCGCUGGGGUCGUCUACCCUUUCCAGCCCAGGGUGAGAUACGAGGAACAUGCCGAGGAGCAGAACCCCUACAGAGCCCAAGGAUACUACCCGGCACAGGAAAGGCCCUAUGUCCCUGUGCCCCAACAGGUACAGCCCUCGGACGGCUUAGACCGAAGGUACUCGCACAGCCUCUACCAUGACACUGGGACUAGCUAUGACCAAAGUGUCCAGGACCCUUAUGCCCAGAACCAGCAGUCUGCGGGGCAAGGGGUGCCUGUGGCAGACAACUUGCACAUCAACUCCGGGUCCCCCGUGAGUGCUGGGACCAGGUAUGGGAAUGAGCCGUGGGCAGGGCAGUACCCUCCCUUUGGAGAGGCGCCCGCAGAACCCUACGUCCCUCCCCGCAACGUGGAACCUCAGCCACCUUUCCGGCCCUUAGACCCCCAUGGGGUGCCUAGGCCUGAGCCCUACCUUCCCAUCCGGAACGCUGAGCCUCCCCAACAGAUUCCAGACAACCAAGGUGUAAACCAGGCCCGGGUCAGCGUGGGCAGCAUCUACCGGCCCAAUCAGAAUGGACGGGGCCUCCCUGACCUUGUUCCCGACCCAAACUAUGUCCAAGCUUCCACUUACGUCCAAAGAGCUCAUCUCUACUCCCUGCGUUGUGCUGCUGAAGAGAAAUGUCUUGCAAGCACCGCCUACACCCCUGAAGCAACAGACUACGACGUCCGAGUUCUCCUGCGUUUCCCGCAAAGAGUGAAGAAUCAGGGCACAGCAGACUUCCUGCCCAACCGGGCCCGCCACACCUGGGAGUGGCACAGCUGCCACCAGCAUUACCACAGCAUGGAUGAAUUCAGCCACUAUGACCUGCUAGAUGCGGCCACGGGCAAGAAAGUGGCCGAGGGCCACAAAGCAAGCUUUUGCCUGGAAGACACCACCUGUGACUUCGGGAACUUAAAGCGCUAUGCCUGCACAUCGCACACCCAGGGUCUGAGCCCCGGUUGUUAUGACACUUACAAUGCUGACAUCGACUGCCAGUGGAUUGAUAUCACAGAUGUUCAGCCUGGGAAUUAUAUCCUAAAGGUUCAGGUGAACCCCAAAUAUAUUGUGAUGGAGUCGGACUUCACCAACAAUGUGGUGAGAUGCAACAUUCACUACACCGGGCGCUACGUCGCCACUACAAACUGCAAAAUCUCCCAGUAAGAGUUCUGAGAAUCAUAGAGCUGGAAGGGACUGCAAGGGUCUUGAUUCCAACCAGGGUGGUAGAAUGGUAGAGGCCUCGCUCUUCCCCUGUCCCCAGACCCUGCAAAAUCCAAACAUCUCUCAAGCUGGUAGCACACCCAGAGGAAACGGCUUGACCGCCACCAGCAUCUGUGUGAGAGGACAACCGUUCGACUGCUUCGUUUUGAGAACACAAGUUAAAGAGUUGUCACUUUAAAUACUUUUAUAAAUACUUUUGUCUUUAA